CAAAGAAAAUAACUCUUUUUUCUUUUUUUUUUGGGGAGUAAGCCAAACAAAUAAGACUUUUGUUGUGGUUGUCUUUGUUUAUUAAGCCAGACUCUCUGAUAACAAAAGAAGUGGGGAAAAAACUAUCCCAAAAGCAACCAACACAUUUCUCUAUCUCUCUUUUAUUUUUCUAUUUCUUUCUCUCUCUUUGUUCCAUGGACUUGCAACUGAAACAAUGGAGAAGUCAGCAGCAGAAUGAGUCAGAAGAACAAGGUUCUGCAAGUAAGAUAUCAAACUUUUUCUUUGAUCAGAUUCAAUCCCAAACUGCAACUUCGGCUGCUGCUCUUCCUCUCUUUGUCCCUGAACCCACCACUUCUUCCUCGUUCUCAUGCUUCUCUCCUGACUCUUCCUCUUCCUCUUCCAGGUUUCUCAAGAUGGGAAACUUCUUUAGCUGGACACAGUGGCAAGAACUUGAGCUUCAAGCACUGAUCUACAGAUACAUGUUGGCUGGUGCUUCAGUUCCUCAAGAGCUCCUCUUACCCAUCAAGAAAAGUCUCUUCCACCAAUCCCCUUUGCACUUCCUUCACCAUCCUCUUCAACAUAACUUCCCUCAUCACCAACCUUCUUGGUAUUGGGGAAGAGGAGCAAUGGAUCCUGAGCCAGGGAGGUGCAAGAGAACAGACGGGAAGAAAUGGAGAUGUUCGAGGGAUGUUGUAGGUGGUCACAAGUAUUGCGACCGUCACAUCCACCGUGGUCGAAACCGUUCAAGAAAGCCUGUGGAAACCGCCACAACCGCCGCUACAAACGCUGCCACAACCACCGCAUCUUCUUUUGUCUUAGGCGAGGAGAAUGGUCGUGGACCAAACAAUUUACUCUUCUCCUCUGGUUCUUCACAUUCUUCAUCUCAACAUCUCCACCUUAAUAGUCAUCAAAGUUGUUCCUCAGAGAUGAAACAAGAAGGCAACACCAACAAGAGGCCAUAUGAGGCUCAAAGUGGAUUCAACAAUGGAAGAUCAGACGAUGGUCACAUCUUGAGGCAUUUCUUUGACGAUUGGCCACGAACAUCCGACUCUACCUCAAGUCCAAUGAGCUCAUCGACUUGUCAUCUUUCGAUCUCCAUGCCUGGUAACACUUCCUCGGAUGUUUCUCUAAAACUUUCCACAGGCAGUGAAGAAGAAGAAGAAAACAUGAGAAACAACAAUGAGAGGGAGCAACAACAGAACAUGAAUUGGUGGAGCAGUGGAAGCAAUAACCACAAUAUGGGUGGACCAUUAGCUGAAGCCUUGAGGUCAGCCUCGUCUACCUCUAGUGUUCUUCAUCAGAUGGGAAUCUCAACUCAAGUCUUUCAUUGAAGGAAGUGUUAAGAAAACCAAAUCAAGUCCUCUUUUUAGCUUCCUUUGAAUCUGCAAUUUCUUCAGAUAUUCUUCUCUGAAUUGUUUUUGUGUUUUGUUUUGUUGUGGUGAUGUUGUUAGGCCAAAAUGCCUGCUUUUGGAAUUGUUUCCGUUCUUCCCUCUGAAGAAAUAUUUAUGUCUAAAGUUUGAGACUUUGUAUAAGCAAUGUGACUUUGUUUUGCAAUGCAAAGUAAUAUGAUCCUCUU